AUGAAUUUAAAAUUAGUGAAUGGCAAAAUGAAACCAAAUCUUACCCCAAACUCAAGUAUCCUUUAAUUCAGCUGUUUGCUGGUCAUCCCAGCAGUGCUGAAAAGUCAAAUCGCUUGAUUUCCAAGAAGACAAAGGGUAAAAUCCUGGCUGUUAGGUUGGUCCUUUUUAAGAUUGUCACAGGCUGGAAUUUUCUGUUCAAAUUUCUGCCUUUAACAAUGCUUCAAGUGCUUUGUGUGCUGCCUUUCCAAAUGUAUAAACUUGUAAUAUUUGUAAAAUAUAGGAAACAGAUCAGUGUGACAGAGUGAUGAGGAGAAAACAGUCUGAUGGGGAAAGCUACAUGUCAAGCCAGCUGUCCAGAGUGCUUUGUUCUGGCCUUUCUUUCUCUCAUUUACCUCUUUUGCAUGCGAAAUGCAUGACACUGCUGCUAGCAUCACACUCACUGUACCCUGUUAUGCUGACCAGUUGUAUUAGGAAAUUGCAUGCUCUGAUUAUUGUGCUGUCAUUGGCAGUUUCUAUCAGCAUUGAUUAUACUGUGUUUUCAGUUGCUGACAUUUCCUCAGUUUUUAGUCAAAAUCAGUUUUCUGUGCUUCUUUACCGAUCAUAUGCUCAUAUCAACCUCACCUGAGGCGAUAUUCUUUGCUAUAUCAUGUGCUGUUGAUCAGCUAUAAUGCUAAUUUUAACUAGGAAAGGUAACCAAACUAGUUUCACCACUUUAACUGGUUACAUUGAAGUAAGGCUUUAAUGUCCCUUCCAACCUGAACCGUUCCAAGAUUCUACGUAUUUUUCUGCCAAGAGGAUAUUUGUGCAGAAUUUGUUCCCAUAUUUAGCUUUUACUUAAUCAGGAAUCAUUCUGUAAUUUCUAACUUGAAGAUAUUUAAAUAAUUCUUGCAAGAAAAAAUAUGAUCUGUUUAUUUCUUGAAAUAUAACCUCUUGUCCCUGUUUCAAGCUGUUCUCCGAGUUCUGAGUGGAUUAAUGUAAUGUUAGAGUAUGUCUGAGCAGCUAGAAGAUUAAGAUGUUUCUGGCAGAAAGUGAAGAGGAUUACUUUAAAGGCAAUGAAUAUGGUAAUUUCCACACUAAAUGUAAUUGAAUUGUCAUGAGGCACUGAACAUGUCAAACAUCGAUGUGUGUUACUUGUGUGGAGAACAGGAAGGUAAGCCACAGAGAUAUGUUCAGCAUAAAUCUGGACCCUGCUUCUGGCAGAAAUACAGUUUUGCAUUAUUUUAAUCAUAUAUUUAAUCUUGGUUUCAACUUCUGUUGUUUAAUCCGUUUGUGUUGUGGAAGAGCUCUGCAUCUCCUUUUGAGAAUAUUUUUGAAUGCAAGCAAUAGUCACUUGGUUGCAUUCUGUUAAUGAAAAAAUACCAUGGCCAUAGCUACUUAUUUUGCUACUCUCCUAUUCAAAUCAGAUCUUAUCUCUCUUUUACUGGGAAAAGAGUGAUAGAAGUAUUUCCCCAUUUCUCAAGGCCAAGCAGUAAUUGUUCUUUAAACAAAUAGGCUUUCCCCAAAUCUGUCCAUAAAACCAUAACAAGAAGUAAGGAUUAGGACGGCUCAACUUUGGAAUUCUCUCUGCAAGUAUAAAUUUACUUUUGAAAACUCAUAAUUGGUCUUCUCUAAGGAAUUAAUGUAAGCAGACAUCUGUUUGUGUCUUACAAAGGAAAAUACAAUUCAGUUUUGAUUAUGAUUCCUUUAGCUUCCUUCUUUGAAAAUAAAGCCUGGCUUCAUGUACUACUUUGUCAGUGUGGAUUAGUGGCUUAAUUGUGGGCAUUGGCAGUUUGGUAAGCAAAGUGUGUCAACUAGAAAAGCAUUAACAAAUGGUUUGGUGUAAUUGUAUUGGGAAUGUAUAGUUCUUAAUUGUGCUCUGGGUAGCAUGGAGUUCAGUUUUUGUCCUUGGGUGGUGAUGUUGCUGGGGAGGACAUUCUAGAAGGGGAUUUUUGUUGGCUGUUACAUAGCUAGCUGGGGUAACGGCCCAUGGUAAUUAUAGAAUUGUCAGAAAAAAGCAAGCAUGAAACCAGACUGCUUCAUCUCUUGCUCUCCUCUUUAAGCUUGGGAAUGAAUGAAGGUGGAUCCAGCACCGUGAGGAGCAACAUCACUGUGCUCAGACAGCACUACAGGCUGACAACAUGAAAUGAAGCAACUCACUUAUCGCCUUACAGGCGCAGAUGCCGAGCAGGAUGCUGCUGUCAAACUUGCCCAAGAACGAGCAGAGAUAGUUGCCAAGUAUGACAGAGGACGAGAUGGUGCACAGAUUGAACCAUGGGAAGAUGCUGACUAUCGCCUGUACAAAGUUACAGAUAGAUUUGGGUUUCUACAUCCAGAGGAGCUUCCUGUCCAUGAUGCAGCAAUAGAAAAACAAAAACACCUGGAAAUUGAAAGGACCACAAAAUGGCUGAAGAUGCUGAAAAGCUGGGAAAAAUAUAAGAAUAGUGAAAAGUUUCACAGGAGAAUUUAUAAAGGAAUCCCAUUGCAGUUCAGAGGGCAAGUUUGGUCUUUACUACUUGAUGUCCCUAAAAUGAAAGAAGAAAUGAAAGACUUGUACAGCAAAUUGAAGUGUCAAGCACGAGGGUCUUCACCAGAUAUUAGGCAAAUUGAUCUUGAUGUAAAUCGAACAUACAGAGAUCAUAUUAUGUUUCGAGACAGAUAUGGUGUUAAGCAGCAAUCUUUAUUCCACGUUUUAGCUGCAUAUUCCAUAUAUAAUACGGAAGUUGGAUACUGUCAGGGAAUGAGCCAGAUCACAGCUUUACUCCUAAUGUACAUGAAUGAAGAAGAUGCCUUCUGGGCCUUGGUGAAACUUCUCUCGGGUCCAAAGCAUGCUAUGCAUGGUUUUUUUAUUCCUGGUUUUCCGAAACUGUUGAGGUUUCAAGAACAUCACGACAAAAUACUGAAUAAGUUUUUGUCCAAACUUAAGCAGCAUUUGGACUCUCAGGAGAUGUCCACUAGCUUUUACACCACAAAAUGGUUUUUCCAGUGUUUCCUUGAUCGCACUCCCUUUACGUUAAGCCUCAGGAUAUGGGAUAUCUACAUACUUGAAGGAGAGCGGAUUCUCACUGCUAUGUCGUACACAAUUCUGAAGAUACAUAGAAAACAUCUGAUGAAAUUACAAAUGGAAGAGCUUGUAGAAUUUCUGCAGGAGACUCUAGCUAAGGAUUUCUUCUAUGAAGAUGACUAUGUAAUAGAACAGCUCCAAAAUUCUAUAUCAGAAUUGAAACGAGCGAAGUUGGAUUUACCAGUAGCUGGUAAAGAAGAUGAAUUUCCAAAGAAGCCGUUGGGGCAAAUUCCAUCAGGACCUCAGCCUGCUAUGCUUAAUUCCACUCCAAUGCUUAAUGGACAAAAUAGCACUGGUACACAAACAAUAAAAAGGACAGAGAGGAGACCAUCUCCUGUAGAAGAACCAGAAAAUUCACCAAAUAACCGAAAAAGAAUUAAUUCUCUGGAAAAACAACCUUCCUUAAAACAGCAGAAGUCUCGCCCGAUAGACACUCAGAGUAGUCAGUCUAAAAAUGAGGUUGAUGCCAGAAGAAAACCUCAGCCAACUGGGCAAGACAACUCAAAACAAUAUGAUAAUGCAGCUGCUAACCAAAAUUCUAAUGCUACUUCACAUACAAGAAGGGAAUUUGUACCUAAGUGGAAUAAACCAUCCGAUAUCAAAAUAAUUGAAAAGACUAUGAAACUUACUGCAGAGGUGAAAGGAAGGCCAAUAAAUAAUUCUGUUUCAAGCUCACCACCAAGUCCUACAGAAACACAGCCUUUGAAUGUAAAACAAAAGAUGAGGGUUUUGGAUGCUGAUGAAGGUAAGCGUGGGUCUAAUGCAUCACAGUAUGACAACGUUCCAGAAGCUGAUAAUGAGAGUGAGAAUCUUGUUGAAGAGAUGCUUGAGAGAGUUCAUCCACAGAGUCCUAGGCAUGUAGCAUUUACUAAUAGUCCAAGAAAACAAACUGAAAAAAUACCUGCUCCAUUAAAAAUGUCCAACAAUUAUACCUUUACUUCACAACCCAGAUCUCCAAAAUAUUCAUUGCAAUCUGAUGGACCACCUCAUGGACUAAAUGCAAAGCAGCUGCUGCCCUCUUAUAGCAAUCCUCCUACUUACCAUGGAAAUUCUCCAAAGCAUAUCUCCAGCAUAAGCAAUACAAGUUCUAUACCUCUUCAUUAUCAUGGGAAUCGAACCAGCCCUUCUGGUAGGCCAUAUGGCUCUUUUAUUUCAGCAGAUUAUUCUCCUGAUAAAUUACAAGUGAAUUCCUAUCCUGCGGGUCGCCAAAAUCCUCUUUCAUCAGCCCCUACUCGGAUAGACGUAGCCCCUGUCGAUGCUUACACCAGCAACUUGAGGUCCCCUACAGGUGUCAAAUUCAUAAUGCCUCCAGUGGAUUAUUUACCAGAAGACAGAAAGUGGCCAGAUGCUGCUUACAUGUAUAGACAUGAACCGUACAGGCAGCCCUGGAACCAAGACGUUAACAGGGGCCACUUGGAGAAUUUCCAGAAAUACCAGCAUUUUCAGUCAACACCUUUUCAAGACCAUAGUCUUCCUGCUGUUUCUGUGGAUAGCCCAAUAAGAUACAGGACUUCACCAACCUCUGAAGAGCAUGGUUCACCACAAUACCAAUAUUCAAAUCCAUCAGCUCAAGUCCAGCACUACCGAAAUAGAAAUGAUGGAUUAUCUAUGCAUGAAUCUGUGCUUCUCUGAAAAUGUCUGUUCUUAUUAAAAUGGCAAGAUCCAAACCCAGUUAUACAUUACUGUGUUAGUAGUAGUCCACCUCAUUUCUUCUAUGAAAUGUGGACAGUUAUGUGACUCUGCAAAAAUAACAACACUAUUUCAGAGCUGUUUCAGACUUUUCACUGAAGGCUAGGUGAGUUCUUAGACUUGCAUUGAAGCUAUUGAAAGUGAUCUGAUGCACAUAGACAUAGCAAUAGCAAUAAGAUCAUAUACACAGUAUGGCUAAUACUGUCAUUUUUCCUCAAAUUGAAAUAACUUGUGUUAUGAUCUUUCUGCCUAAAACCUAACACAUUUGCAAGUUUUAUUUUGACUGACAUUGUUAAUGCACUGUAUUAAGUAUGUGUGUGCGUGAGUGUGCGCUUACAUACACAAAUGCAUCUGGAAAAGAACUAAAGAGCUUAAAUGUAAAUGCAUUUAACUUUGGACAGAGGUUGUGAAGUACUUUUGUUUCGUAUUAAUUUUUCUUUAUAAUUUAUUUGAGAAGCCAUUCAUUUUGAAUGGGAAUUUCUGUCAUUUUUAUACAGCUGCCUCAGUAUCCCAGUAUCUGUUCUGGGCAGGAGAGAUACUUUGGGAUUAUUAAUUUAAAUUUAUGUGAGAGUUAAUUUCCUCUCCUUUGACUACUGUUUGUCAUUUUCCUCAGCAAGAAGGAGCAGACAGGCAAGAGCAGAAAGCCAAAAACAUCUCUAUAAUCUGGCUAAGGAAUGGUGCUUAAAAUUCAGGGCAGUCUCUAGUUUCUUAGGUGAAUUGAAAGUGGAUAAUUUUUACCUUUGCACCUAAAUCUACCUUCAGAAUGUCAUAUAUGCAAAAUAUUGGAGCACAGUAAGAGUAAUGCCACAUCCAGAAAUGGUGCUGCACCCUUUACUUUUUGCCAUGCUGUGCUGUCAAACUAAACAAAUUGGUUGCAAGGCCAAAUCUCAUAGGUAUCAGAGAAUUACUGGCUCCUUGGCGCUCUCAAGAAGCACAUGCAGGAGUUUGAGACUUGGUUGUGACUUGAUAUCCCCUGGGCUGUGAGCAUAUGCAGUGUCCUUUCUCUUAAGCUUUGUCAUGUCAAUUUUAUUUUGUUUCUCCCCCCCCCCAAAGAGCCAGAAGACUCAUGUCUGUGAUUGGGCAUGGGCUGCUGAGAAAAUGUGUUUUUUGUUUUUCUUUAAACUCUAAAAUCAACCUGACUGUUAAUAGGAAGCUUAGACUGCUGGUAAAACAUGUUUUUAAUGGGUGUUUGCAGCCUCUUCUGCUUUGUGUUUUCCUUUCAUUGACUGUGAAAUGGGGGUGACAAAAAUGCAGGUUAAAGUGGCCCGUGUAGGAUGAGCGCCUGGUAGGAAGUGCUGGAUGCACCGAGCUCUCAUUGAAGCCAAUGGGAGUUGAGGCAGAUAAGGAUCUUGCCAGAAGAGGUCCUUGGAGUGCUUAGCAGAGAGAUUUUCUGACGCUUAAGGACCAAGCAUUGGUAUCACCAUCAGUUUUGGAUGGUUUAGAAGGUUGUCCUAUUAUCUUUUGUUUUGUAAGAUUUGUUAAUUAAAGACAUAGAAGUGGAUUAUUUUUUUUUUUUUUCCUUUAAAGAAUGAGCUUUAGUGCCUAUUAUUGCUGCAGGUUGGCUCUGUAAGUUUUAAGGUACAGAAGUAAAACAAUUUUUACAAAUGGAAGUAACAUUUACUUAGUAUAUUUCAAAAACUUUUUGUGUAUAUGAUGUGUCUGAUGUAAUUUUUAAUGAACUGGGCAAUUUUAUAUUUUAAGGAUUGCAAACUGCAGCGAAGAAAUGGUAGCAAAGCACUACACUGAAACUCUAAAAUUGUGAAGAUAAAUAUGACUUGGGAUUACCUUAGUUCUGAUUGCUUACAGCAGCUUAGAAAUGUAUGUAUAUAAUAUUGUGGCUAAGUGUAAUAAUCUCAGUGUUUAACGAUGGUUCUGUAAUUCAUAACAAAGCUGUACAAUUUAUUUGUGCAAGCAACACAAAGCUCCAAAAUAUGUAUCAGCAGUAGUAAAUACUGUAGAUUUUUAUAUAUGAAAUAUAUACACACUAUUUUCUUA